AUGGCCACCUACCUGGAGCUGCCCUCUCACAUGGGGAUUCCCAUCCUGGGGCUGGGGAACUUUCAGUCUCUCCAAGGAACUGCGAGAGGCGCAGUGAAGUUUGCCGUCAGUGUUGGGUACCACUACUUUGACUGUGCCUACCUGUACCAGAACGAGAGUGAGGAUCAGGGAUGCACUACAAGAAAAAAUGGAGGAGGGGUUGUGAGGCGAGAAGACCUCUUUAUUGUCAGUCAGCGGUGGUCCACCUUCGACGAGAGAUCCCUGGUGAAGGAGGCAUGCCAGAAAGCACUUGCUGCCCUCCAGCUGGAUUAUUUGGAUCUCUACCUGAUGCACUGGCCCAUGGAAUUCAAGGCAGGAGAGGAGCUAUUUCCUGCAGAUGGAAAUAGCACGAUCAUUCCCAGCAACACAGAUUUUCUGGAUACAUGGGAGGCUAGGGAAGAGCUGCUGGAUGCAGGAAUAGUGAAGGCUUUUGGUGUCUCCAACUUCAACCGCAAGAUACAUCAGCUCUUGAGGAUACCAGACUUAAGAGGCAAACAUGCCAAUAAUUACGUUGAGAGCUACCCCUGUCUUCCGCAGGAAGAGCUGAUGAAAUUGUGCCAAUCCAAAGGGAUCUCUGUCGCUGCGUAUCAUCCCCUUGGAGCGCCCAACUGGCCUAGGUCCGGGCCUGAGGAUAUUUCCCUUUCUGAUCAUCCCCAAAUUAAGGGAAUUGCACUCUUGUACAACAAAACCCCAGCUCAGAUGCUUAUCCGGCUCCAGGUUCAAAGAAAGAGUGUUGUUCCCAAACCUGUCACUUCACAUCAUAUCACGGAAAAUUUCAAGGCAAGAACUACAGAAUUCUUAAUGGUGUCAACUUACGCAGAAAAAUCCACUGUUAGUGGCACCAAGUACCUGCUUUACCUUUAA